GACUGGUAGUUCUAGGAGUUUCUGCUUCCGCCGUUGCUGAGAGCAGCUCAGGGCAGGCGGCAGAGCGGGUUGUUUCACACACGGCUUAGAGCUGGCGGCUGCAGUUUGUUCGCGGAGUUCGGAGGGAGCGAUGGAGGAGGCCGAGCUGGAUGACCUCCUCCUGGAGGCCAAGGAGAGCAUGGAGGCAGCCAAGAACUACAAGAGAGAGUUGCAACAGAGACUGCAGGGGCUAACCCAGGCCAGGAGACAGAUAAAUGAGAGCGCAGCUCAGACACGGGAGACUCUGCAGCAACAUUUCCAGGACAUGAAGAGUGGGGUGUCCAAGAUGCUGGAUGAAAGGCUGCUCAUGCUCAUGCAACAAGUGGAUGCCAUUGAGCGCGAGAAUAUUAAACCAUUAGAGGAUUGUCAGAAACUUCUGGAACAUGGUGUCAGCACAGCAGAGGAUCUGCUGAAAGAAGGAGAGGUUGCUGUGUCCUGCAAAAUUGGGGAACAUGAGAACCUGUGUAAUUUUACUAACAAAGCUCUUCACAUCCAGUUGGACAGUUUGCCAGAGGUCCCCUUGCUGGUGGAAGUCCCCUGUCUCUCCGCUCAAAUGGACGACUCGUUCCUCUCUAUAGCUAGAGAUCACAUCUCCAAACAUGGCACAGUGGCAUCUAGGCCUCCGGUACAAAUAGAAGAGCUGAUUGAGAGACCUGGGGGUAUUUUGGUGAAAUGGUGCAAGGUGGACGACGACUUUUUGGCCCAGGAUUACCGACUGCAGUAUCGCAAAAAUUCCUCUGCCCAUUUUGAGGACGCAUAUGUGGGCUCUGAGUGCGAAUUCAUAGUGCUACAAAUCGACCCCAAUGUAGACUAUCAGUUCAGGGUAUGUGCCCGAGGAGAUGGGCGCCAGGAAUGGAGCCCAUGGAGUGUGCCACAGCUUGGCCAUACCUGUCUCAUUCCACAUGAGUGGAAUCCUGGAUUAGAAGGCUACAGUCUGAGUAGCAGGAGAAACAUUGCUCUGAGAAAUGAUACAUUUUGCCAUGGUGUCCUCUACUCCAAAACAGCCACAUAUUUUCCUGGUCAGACACUGACAUUUAGGGUGGAGACUGCCGGACAGCCAGAUAAGAGGGACAGUAUUGGAAUUUGUGUGGAGAAAGAGAGUGGAUAUGAAUCCUUACAGAGAGACAAGGCUGUAUGUAUUAGCACAAGUGGGGCUGUGUUUGUGAAUGGUAAGGAGAUGACCAACCAGUUGCCUCCUGUCUCGCCCGGGUCCACAAUCACAUUUGAUAUGGAGAUUGUCAAUUUAGGACCCACAAACAACAAUGAUGUUCUGUACCACAGACACAGGGUGACUAUUGGUUCCAACAACAGGGAGGUGGUCUUUGAUUGGUUGUUGGAGCAAUCUUGUGACUCUCUGUAUUUUGGAUGCUCGUUUUUCCACCCCUGUUGGAAGGUUUUGGUGUUUUAAUUAAUCAGUAUUUCAAAAAGACUGAUCAAUGCUGUCCUGAGAA